AUGCAAGCGCUGAAAUCAUUCUUUUCAAAGACUGGAAGUGGAAGCGGAAGUGGAGCAAAGACAGCUGAUGAGUAUAGUGAGAAGACAAAGUACUCGAGUUUGUUCUUUGAUCGUUUGGAAAGGAAUGCCAUUCAACCAUUCGUUGGACUGGCGGCCAAGUCAGCGCCCGCAUCAAACACAUUCGAGUUGACAGACUUUAACAUUGAUACAACCGUGUCGGACGCCGCAGUGGUCUCUGUCUGGACACAGCGAUACAAGAACGGCAACACCUCGCCAGUCGAGGCCAAGUACCAGAUGCCCCUGGCGCCACAGGCUGCCGUGUCUAGCUUCGUGGUCACCUACGACGACAAGGUGCUGAUUGCCAAGAUCAAGGAGAAGGAGGCAGCUCAGAACAAGUACUCGGACGCCAUUGCCAGUGGCCACCAGGCAUUCAUGGUCGAGAAGAACGACAAUGGCUCAUUCACCACAAUGAUUGGCAACCUGCCUCCCACCAAGGAGGUCACUGUCACACUGACCAUCGUCUCUGAGAUUGGCACCUACUUGGACGAGUACUACUACGGCCUGCAUCGCUACAUGUUCCCAACAAAGGGCUUCAACCUGACGCUCAACAUGGACGUCCAACUGUCAUCGGCCAUCCAAUCGGUCAAGGUACUCAACUACAACCAUGCUGAUACCAAGGUAGAUGGCAACAAGGCCAAGCUCACACUUCGCCACGAAGGCAAGAUCGACAAGAACAUCAUCGUCGUGAUCAAUCAGAAGGACAACACUCAGCGUCCAACAUACUUCUUGGAGAAGUCCGUCUCAGACUCGACCUACGCGCUGGGCAUCAACUACUACCCACACAUGUCGGUCGCACCAGAGGACGUCGAUCAGAAGUCAGAGUUCAUCUUCCUGCUCGAUUGUUCUGGCUCGAUGAGUGGAGGUGCCAUUGCCAAGGCAAAGCGCGCACUUGAGAUCCUGAUGAGAUCACUCACUGAGAAGUCAAAGUUCAACAUUUGGCUGUUUGGAUCAUCCUACAACUCUCUGUUCCCAGAGUCGCGUCUAUACGACGAUUCCAGUCUUGAGAGAGCCAGUGAGUUCAUCACUCACAUCGAUGCCAAUCUAGGUGGCACUGAGCUGCUGCCACCAAUCCAGGCCAUCCUGCGCAACCCCAACGACUCGCAAUACCCAAGACAAGUGUUUAUUCUCACCGAUGGAGAGGUUUCACAGAGAGACGAGUUGGUUGACUAUGUAGCCAAGGAGGCCAACACUACUAGGAUCUUUACACUGGGCAUUGGAGGCGGAGUUGAUCGUCAGCUGGUCACUGGACUGUCGAUGGCCUGCAAGGGUUACUUUGAGUUCAUUAAUGACAACGCCCAGAUGGAGACACAGGUGAUGAAGUUGAUGAGCAUUGCCAUGGAGCCAACCAUCUCCAACAUCCAGGUGGACUGGGAUGGCUUGGAAGUCGUACAGGCACCAGCCAACAUCAGACCACUGUUCAACAACGAGAGAAUGAUGAUCUAUGCCCUGGUCAAGUCGGAGCCAACCACCUUGAACAAGUCGAUCAAGAUCACUGCCGAUGGUCCCACCGGACAGACCCUCUCCUAUGAGGUCGCCGUGGACUUUGCCCAGGCUCAACGUAGCUCUGACUCGCUCCACACUCUCUCUGCCGCCCUGGCCAUUCGUGAUCUCGAGGAGAAGGAGCGCAAGCAACCAAAGACCAAGCAAGAGUGCAAGGAUCAGAUAGUCGCACUCGGCAAGAAGUAUCACCUCAUUUCCAAGCACACAUCAUUCGUUGUGGUCUCAGAGUCGUCCACACCCACUGAGGACACCAUGGUUGUCGUCGACGUCAAGCCAACAUCAACCGCCAAUAAUUCUAUGUACCGCGGUGCCCCAGGCGGAGGCGGCGGCGGUGGCAGAGGCGGCUCCAGACUUGGCAAUGCCAUGGCCAUGACCAAGUCCUCAUCGGUACGCAGCUCAUCCAUUUCGAGAUCGCUCGCACAGCCAAUGUCCCAGGGAGACUUUGACGAUGACUUAAACGAUGGAAACUCAUCUGGUAGCGAUGAUGACGAUGAUGAUGAGUGCGAGGAGGAGGAGAUGGAUGAGGUCAACGAGCAGAUGGACUUCCUGGAGAGCGGUGUGCAGCAGGUACAGUCUGCUGACGACUGCAUGGCCCCAGCCCCUAAAAUGAGGUCAAUCAAGUUAAUGAAGGAGAAGCAGGCGCCCAGGAAGAAAAGCUUCGACGCCUCAGGCCAGAAGGAUAAGAAGAUGCGUUGUGAGUCGCCAUCAAAGCCAACAUCUUCUAUCAGACCAUCUGGCGCACCAACACCCAAGCCAACUACCGGUGAUCCACUAAUGGAUGUUAUUCGCACUCAAAAGGCCAAUGGCAGCUGGAGCGCAUUGCCACAUUCACUCACAGUUAGCGGUUCAAUCAUUGACGAUCUAAAGAGCUUCCCUGAUGUGUGGACAACUCUUCUGGUCAUCUGCAAGCUGGAGAAGUCAUUUGCUGACAAGAAGGCUCAAUGGGACAAGCUGGUGAUCAAGGCACAGCGAUGGGUCAAGUCACAACUGACUGGCGCUUCAAUGGGCGACAAGUACGACAUCUUCCUCGCAAAGGCCAAGGCUGCACUCUAA